AUGCCUGUCACUGCUGCUGCUGGCGGCGCUGGCGCCCAGUUCAAGGAGGCCUACACGGCGGUGCCUGGCUCCUGCACCAGCGACACCCACUGCGGCCUGUACUCGUUCUGCAACGACGACGGCAUCUGCGAGAGCUCACUGACACAGGGCCGCAUUCUCGGCGGCAUCAUGCCCACGGCUACCGUCGUCGUUGUCGCCAUCUUUGGCGCUUGCGCCGCCGCCAUCGCCUGCGGCUGCAGCUCGUACUGGGCCUCGCCAGGCGCCCGAUGCGCUUCGCCCGGCGAGGCCGGCAUCGAGCGCGCAGUCCUCUCUGCCCAGGCUGCCACCAUCUGCUGCAUUGUCACCGCUCUGGCCCUCGGCCUCACCCUCGGGCUCUGGUCGGCCGACGUAACUCCGUCUGCGCCAGGCGCAGGCCGCAACUGCACCUCGCUACAGGCUCUGGCCUGCGAGCCCUACUUUUGCGAUCUCCGUGUCGAGCAGUGCUUCACCGCAUGCUCCACCCAAGCGCACUGCUCGCUUGGCGCAGAGUGCAAGGCCGGCGUCUGCGUCUCCACCCGCACCAAUCUACCGUCCAACUCGGAGGGGCAGUCCCAGCCCAAGAACCCGGCCGGCCGCGUCGCCGCCAUCGCCAUCUUCUCCGCCCUCGGCUGGUUCUGCCUCUGCUCGGUCAGCGCCUUGUUUUGGAACAUCAACGCCAACAAGUCCGACUACGAUUGGUACUUUUGGUCCAAGUGCUGCGCCACAACAGGAUGCAUCGCCAUUGCUCUUGGUCUUGGCCUAGGCCUCGGCCUCCCACGCGCCACCAUCGUACCUAUCAUGCCGGCCAUCAACUCUACCACAUGCGCUGGCGACCGCGCCUGUGCCCCGUACCUAUGCAACGAGGACAUCGGCGCGUGCUACGAUGCCUGCGCCACCUCGGACGACUGCUUCACCUCGUUCUCGUGCUCGGCCGGCAAGUGUGUCCCCGGCUUUGCCGGCGUCGAAGUCCGCUCCGUCUCGGUCGGCGGCACUGUCGCCAUCGUUGCCGCCAUCGCCGUCUUUAUCUGCUGCUGCUUCUCGUGCUUCUUUUACAAGUGCGACCCGUGCAGCGUGUACAACCAAGAGGAGCGCAUGGUCGGCGGCCUCUUCUGCGCUCUCCUCUUCACCAUUGUUGUUGUCGUCGUUGCCGGCCCGCUUAUUGGCCUUGCCAAGCACGACGUCGAGUUUGCUCAUCCCGCGCCACUCAAUGGCACCGCUCACUGCGCGCAGGCCGACGCUCUCGCCUGUGCGCCCUACUACUGCGACCUCACCUCGUCCAAGUGCCGUGCCUCGUGUGCUGCCGACGACGAGUGCAUCACCGGCGCAAAGUGUUCCAAGUCAGGUGAGUGCGUGUACGACGGCCCGUCGCGAGAGUCCAUGCUAGACUCGAAGCGCCGUACUCUUCCGGCGUGGGCCACCACCAUCAUCGCCCUCGUCAGUCCGCUCCCGCUUGUAGUCCUACUCCUCGGCGUCUUUAUUCUCUUCACCGUCUUUAGGAACACCCGGUACGUCGUCGAUCACGAGUACGACCUGGCUCCAGCCUCGUGUAAUGGCGCCAUUCUCUGCUGUGUCAUCAUUGCCCUCACUGUCGGCCUCGCCCUCGGCCUCACCCAGGUCGCCGGCAGUCCGUCGCCGCACGCCGGAACCGUCACCCCGCAUCUUGCCCCGGCCUUUCCUACAUGGUUUGUCGUCACUGUCACCAUGGCGGCCGCAUGCGGCUCGUGCGGGCUUGUCCUUGUCAUCGCGCGCUGCACCCUGUCGCUUCCGUGGCGAGCCGGCGUCAUGUCCCUCGUAGAGUCCGACUCCCACACCGCUAAGGCCUUCUCCGCCUUUUGCUACCUUGUCAUUACUUUUGCCGUUGUCAUGACUGCUGUCGGCGUCGGGAUGGGGACCCAGACCAAGCUCGUUGUUCCCGCCGCGCCUGGUGCUGUCAACGGCACGUCGUGCGUGACAGCCACCGACCCGCGGUGCUUCCCCUUCCGCUGCGACGUCUAUGCCGGGACAUGCUACGACUCGUGCACCACGUCUGAAGAGUGCAUCGAUGGCCAGCAGUGCCGCGCGGGCCAGUGCGCCACACCACCGUACAGCGGUCUCCUGCGCCCGCGCAGACUCAGCGCCGUCGUCGUCGCCGGCGCGGUUCUCCUCGCCUUCUCGCUAUGCUUUAUCUGCAUCUCGUCGACCGCCGGCUGGCGGCCGCGCGCCCGACUCUGGCUCUCGGGCUUCCAGCGGUACCGGGUCCCGCUCAUCAGCGUCACCUCGUGCUGCUGCGCCGUAUUCGUGGGCGUCGUCGUCGCCAUGCUGCUCCUCAUGUGGAGCCGGGUCGACGAUGUCGCACCGGUGGCCGCCACCGGUGCCGGCGCGCGGACCUGUCACCACAUCGCUGACCUCGCGUGCGCGCCGUACCUGUGCGACUCGAUCACUUCGAGCUGCUACAAUGUCUGCUCGUCUGACCGGCACUGUCAGGACUACUACGAGUGCGACAAAGCGGCCGGAAAGUGUGUGUAUGCCUCGCGAGACUGGGCCCGCUUUAUCGGCAACAUCCUCAUUGCCGUCCUAGCCACCGGCCUGGUCCUUGGCAUGGCCUCGUUCCGACUCGAUCACUUGUACACCGCCCGCAAGAUGAAGGCUGCGCUUCGCCGCCGCGAAGAGUUCCUCCGCCGGCUGCAAGAGUUCAAGGCCCAGCAAGCCGCCAUCGAACCGGUUGUUCUUGACGUCGACACUCCAGUCGGUGAGGAUGGCCCGGACCCGACGCUGCCCACACCUGCCGGGGCAAGCGCCGGGGAAGGCGCCGCCUUUGACUUUGAAGGUGCCGAGCCCGUCGACAUGGAUGCACUGGCGGCUGCCGGUACAGCCGCGCCUGCGCCGCACACCUCGGAUGUUUGCGGCAUCUGCUACUUUGCCCCGUCAACUGUCCGCUUUGUCCGCAAAAACUGCACCCAUGGCUUCUGCAACGAGUGCGCGGCGUCGUCGCUGCAGAUGAUCAUCGACACUGACCAGUUCCCGGCCCGCUGCCCAGGCUGCCUCGCCGAAGACAUGGGCCUGGCGCCGGACGAUCCCAUGUUCCAAGCCUCGCUCAUCGAGUCAGGUAUCAUCGAGCGGCUCGCCCGCCGUAUGGUCAUCGCCAUCGACUUUGCCCGUCGCUUCAUCUCGCUCCAGCUGAUGAAGGCGUUUGCCUCGGACGACAUCGUCAUGUGCCCGGCGUGCUCGCUCCUCAACAUCAAGCCCGACUGGGAAGCGGUGACCAAGUCGGCUCCGAAUCGGUACGUGGUCACCUGCCCUAACUGCACCUCGGAGUUUUGCGCCGAGUGCCUUGGAUUCUCGUUUGAGCACGACGGCUACACCUGCGAAGAGUACGCCCGCGCCAUGGAGCGCGGUGACGACCGCCAGACCCAGGCUUUUAUUGCGUCGACGUCCAAGCCGUGCCCAUCGUGCGGUGUGCCGACGUCGCGGUGGCGCGGCCACGCCUGCCACCACAUCACGCCUGGAACCGGGUGCGUCAACUGUGGCCAUCACUACUGCAUCGUGUGCCUCCAGCCGCAUCCAUGCGGCGGCUCAGACCACGGCCUCUUCUGCGACGACCGCUGCGACUGCCUCCCGUGUCCCGACUGCAGACCCGGCUCGCCAUGUGCCCACUGCUACGGCGACGAGUCGUGCCCGUCGUGCCAUCCGCCCCGCACCGCCGACGCGAUGCGGAAUCAUGGCUUCACGCCCAACGACAUAAUCGGCGGCUUUGGCCUGCAGGACAUGGGUAACGUACCGCUGCAGCCCAUUCCACGCCCGCCGUCGCCGCCGCCGAUGCCGCACGAGCCGGGCCAUGCCCUCGACGAUCUGCUCGGCGACCUCGGCCUUGACUACGUCCCUCCCGGCUUCUGGGACCCCGUCAUUCCGCUCGCGCCAUCAUCGCCGGGCGAUGUCGCCGGGCCGUCGGGCGCCGCUGGGCCGUCGGCGCCGCUGCCGCUGGCCGCACAGCGCGAUACGCUCCUGCCGCCGCGCCGCCUUGUUAUUCCCGAGGCCGGCGCUGGCAUGACGCUCCACGACCACAUCCGCCUCAUAUCCGAGAACGGGCCGGAUCGGCUGCCGCCUGCACCGCCACCGCUCCCGCCACCGGACUGGCGCCGCUCGUGGCGCAACGCAACCUCGCACAUCACCGCCCGCUCGCCCGAAGUAGUUCCGGUCCCAGCCGCAACCAGACUCGCCCCGCGCCGGCUUUCGGACGCUGACGUGCACUCUACAUCGCGCAGCGCAAGCUCCGCUUCCGACGACGGCAUCCAGCUCGAGCCUGUUCGGCCGCGGCCGUCGCGGCUCCAGCUCCCGACCCGAGGCCCGGCCACCGACGGCCAUACGCCCGAGUCGGCCAACGAUCGCGCAUCGCCGCUCUACCUCCGCCGCGGGCUCAACCGGCUCGAGCUCACCCCCGAGGCCGUGACCAGCGCCUCAUCAGCAGGCGUCGACGACAACGCAGCCAACGUCUUUGACUUUUCCGCCUUUCCACGCACUGCUCGCGAGAAUCUGGCACCGGUCACCUCGCGCUGGCUCUCGCCGCUCUCCGCCAGCCGGGCCCACCCGGCAACCGCAUCACGGCGGCCACUCUCCAGCGAGUUCUUCCGCUUUGACGCGCCGCAGUCGGGCGGCGGCCGCGCCCUGCACUCCGCUGACGGGUCGACCCUUCCGCCUGUAGUGCGAACGCCGGCCUCGGCCCAGCGCCCGCGCAUCGCCCAGUUUAUGGCCAUCACCGGUGUUGCUACCGAGCGCAUCGCACGUAACUACCUCUCGCUCUUCAACUUUGACCUCGCCAGCGCCGUCCACUACCACAACGAUGUCGAGGCCACGCUGCAAGCUCGCAACUACAAGUCGACCGCGAGCAGCGAGUCUGCGUCUGAGGCUGCGCCACCGCCGCCACCGCCUCCUGUGCCUGCCCCUGAGGCUGCGCAUCUCUCGCCGGCAAGUCCCCGCGAUGACAUUAUCCACCAUCACCCACUUCCAGACUCUGAAGGCUCGGACGAGAGCGAGCUGACAUCGUCGGCGACUGAAACAUCAUCGACGGCCUCGACCUCGUCGUCUGCUAGCUGUGACGGUCGCGCUGCGCCAACCACCUCCAGUCAUGUCACCGUCUCGUCGUCUUCUGCUGAUCUGGUGUGAGAUCCAGCCUCGCAGCCGUAAAUCCCUCCUGCCGCCGGCAGCUGUCACC